CUGAUUGGGAACAAAAACUUUGAGUACGCACCUUUUGGGAAAGGGAGAAGGGCUUGCCCAGGGGUUCCGAUGGCCAACCAAGUGAUGCACCUUACUCUCGCCACGCUGCUUCAAGGCUUUCUUCUCACUGUGCCAGGCGAUGAUGGCCAUGUCGACAUGACGGAGCACUAUACCCUUGCUCUGCAAAAGGCUACUCCUUUGCAAGUUCAGAUUCUGCCACGCCUGCUCCCUCACCUCUAUCCCAGCAUGGAGUAA